AUGGAGGAAAAUAGAAUCUGUGCUUUGCCCGACGAUUUGCUCGUGGAGAUCUUGCUCCGGGUCCCGACAAAAGAUGCAGCCGCCACUGCAAGCUUGUCUAAACGGUGGCGUUCUGUCUGGACGAUGCUUCCUGAACUCGAGUUCAUAGACAAAGGCAACGAGACCCUUGCGUUGGUUAUUGACAAGUCAUUGCAACUCCAUAAGGCACCGAUACUACGGAACUUGACUGUCGAGCUCAGUCCAAGUUGUUGUUGUGUUGACGACGACGUAGAUGUUGGGAAGUGGGUUGAGGACGCAGUUAAUCGCGGUGUGAAACAGUUAGAUUUCAAGCUCCUCUGGAACGCAGCGCCCACAAGCUUUCCAAAGUCUCUUUCCACAUGCGACACGCUCGUUGACUUAAGUCUCUGCAACGAGGUUCUAGUGGAUGUUUCUUCCCAGGCACGCCUACCAUCUCUCUUAUAUCUCUGUCUUGACGAGGUGGUUUACAAAGACCAAGACUCUCUUGUUAGGCUUUUAUCAAGUGCCCCUGUUCUCCGGUCUCUGAGGGUACAUCGGCGUGAGGCUGACAACUUGAAAGUCUUUACCGUGAAAGUCCCUUCCUUACAAUCAUUAUCUUAUUGGAGUACUUGGUACAUGCGUAAGGAAGAGGAAGAGGAAGAGGAAGAGGAAGAGGAAGAGGAAGAGGAAGAGAAAGAUCUCAUCCAGUCGUUGGUAAUUGAUUCCCCUGCAAUAACAGAUUUAAAGAUAAUCCAAUUUUGGGGUUCCUAUUGCUCGAUAGAGAAUAUACCUUGCCUUGAUAGGGCAUACAUCGGCUUAUUUGAUAACCACGAUGACAAGUGUGAGAGAUCUCUUUCUUCUGUCCAACAUCUGCGACUGCAUUUGACCAAAUCAAUGGUUGCGUGUUGUAACGCCAUUAAGUUCUCCCACCUCAUAGAGUUAUACAUUUAUCCAAAUACUUUAGUAGAUUGGUUGGAACCACUCAUGUUUUUGCUUCAAAAUUCUCCCAAACUGGAAUCUCUUACGAUCGACACGAGACUUUGGGAUCCUCCAUCUUCCUCCUGGAACCAGCCAAGUUCUAUUCCCGGAUGCUUGUCGUCUCAUUUAGACUUGUUUCGGUGGAUAGGCUAUGCAGGAAGAGAAGAUAAGAAACAAUUAGUCGCCUACAGUCUCGCUAACUCAAAGUGCUUAAAGGAAGUUCAGAUCUCAUGCACUGAAACCUCUAAUCUUGAAGAGAUACAAAAGGAGGUAGAGUCUUUGCCUAGGGUUUCAACAUCAUCUCAGCUCCUAUUCUCAAUGGAAAACGGAACAACUUCAUCUUGA